CGACUUCCGCCUCAUUUUGACAAUGCGAGAACUCUAUCUUGUAUUUCUAGUAUCUUUGCCAUUAUAUGUUUACUUCUCUCCUCUCUGUCUCUUCGAGAGUCUGAGUCCAACAGUACCUAAGUAACCAGGUGCUCAUACCUUGUACAAAGGGGUGUGUCCUGGACUCACUUUCCCUUGAUAAGAUUCAGAAUGACAGACAUUGAGGUAGAAGCAGAAUGGCAGGAGAAUCUGGAACUGUCGAUGAAAUAUCAGGUUUGGUCCUCGUGUAAAAUCGAUGAAACCCCAGUUUUACUCAAGACGUUUUUUACCAGCACAGCAUAUGAAAUUGCCAUCUAUGACUUCAAGCAAUUGUGGUUUGAGUGUUGUGAUGAAGCAACUUUUUCAAAAAGAGUCAAGGAGCUGAACCCAAAUAUUGAAGCACCCAGUACUACACUACUGCAGCACAUUCAGGAUAAUUUGACCAAAGAAUCUGUUACUCUGAAAAUUGUGUACUCAAAGAAUGAUGAGGAGAAAAAUAGUAUCAAAGAACAGCCGAAAAUGACAAUAAAUUGGAGCAGCCAAUUGAUUGGUGGAGUACCAUUUACUUGGCAAUAUUAUCUUGUGCCUGCUGAUAACCAACAAGUAUGUAGCCACCUGAUCACUCCCCUGAUGACAAUGGUUGGUGAGAUGAGUAGAAGGGAGUCAGACCUAAUGAAGCUCUUGUCAAAGAAAGAUGCAGAGAUUGAAGAUUACAAAGCAGCUGGAGGAAAGGUAUCAAGAAAGUACCUGAGGACUGUCCCUUUUGAUGAAAAGGCUUUUAGAAAAGAAAUGAUCACAUCAAAGGGCUUUGAACAGCAGGUUUUGACUGGUGGUUUGUCAGCUUUUGCGGGCUCUGCUGGUGAUCUGUACAAGGAAGUGCAAAUAAAACAUUCCUGGCUAAGUAGAAGCCAAGAUCUUGAUGGAGGUGCUGGAGUUGGCCCCAUGGAUGAGUUCAUGUUGGAUGGAAGGCUUUUACAAUCUGACUUUACUACUGGUUCUCCCAUGGGUUCCCCAACUAAAUCUAUAACACCCCAUCAAUCGCCAGUAAAGAUUGCAUCAGCAGAGGGUUCACCAACUAAGGACACAGAAUUAUUGAGAAGACAAGCUCUUGAGAGAAAAUUAAAUGAGGAAAGAACAAGACAAGAAAGCAAAAGAAAAAAGAAAAAAAUAUUUUGACAUCAAACAAAAUUUAUUGAUGAAUAUGGAUAUCGAAAGUUAAUUUUGUAAACUAUUGUAGAAAACAUGAGAUGUUUAAAAUUAUUAGUAGAAAAACAAUCCCUGCAAUUUCUGAUUGUAUUAAGAUUCAGCUUUGAAAGUAUGAAAUCAAAAAUUGUAUUUCCUUAAGUUAGACACUAGUCAAAUUUCUGAUAACUCUUUUUAAUGUUCUAGAGGCAUUUUUAAAGUAAAAGUUAGAUACUUUAUUUAACCCAAAGUAUGUUGAAUUAAAAUUUGCUGUCUGCCAAGCCAAAUUUUUGGUUAUCAGUGAUACAGUAUUUAUAAUUGUAAAGGGUAAAGAGGAAUCUGCAAGUGUGAAAAAUACAAUCGCCCCAACCAGGAUUACAACCUGGAAUCUGCAGUCUGUACAGAUUUAACUAACUGGACCACAUAUAUACAUAUAGCAUUACAACAAGACAGUUUAUCUAUGAUAUUAUUAUAUUACUGUAUUUCGAAAAUAUCUUUUUGGAUAUCCCAGCUUUUCAUAAAAAAAAAUAUUGAAGGUGAGGGAGAAUCGUUGAUCAAUUAUUAGCCAGAUUUUCUGACUUUCCAAUCCCUAGAGGAAUUUUGAGUAAAAAUUUCAGUUACUGUAGCAACAGUUGCCAUAGAGAAAUACAUACAGUUUGCCCUCCAAUUCGAGACCACCUGAUGAUUUGGGGUGGUUUCUGGUUUCCGUCUUCAAUUAGGGGGGUUUGUUUUGUGUUGAAAGAUUAAAGAUUUUUAAAAUGACAGGGGUGGCGCCAUCGGUGGGCCAGGGCCCCCCGCUGGGGAGAAAAACAAAUCGUCGGGGAGAAAAUUUUCUACAUAUUAGUAGACUCUAAAAUCGAUUAAAUAAGCCUUUGAAACCCCAAAAUUGUCGGAAAUUUUUGGGGGCUUCGUCCCCUUGACCACUUACAAAACAUUUAAAGCGACGCUUGACCACGCCCACUUUGCUCUCGUUGGGGAAAUCUGCCCCCAACCACAGAGCUAACCCUGGCGUCACCCCUGUAAAGUGGUACUUUAAAAACGUAUUCGAGCAGUUUAGUUGAAAGUCGAACUGUAUGAAUAUAAGCACAUCUCAUAGCUGUAUAUAAUAUACAUUUGUGACAAUAAAAUGUUAUCGUUUUGUGUCAAAUUAUAAAGU